CUCAUCCACGAUGCAGUUCAAGUUCCUUAUUGCCUCCCUGGCCUUUCUCGCGGGAAUAAGCUCCACCGCCGCCAAGGUGGUCAACUUCAAUGCUCUCACCCGUCUCGAGAACAUGGACCUUAAGGCUCUGGGAAACCAGCUCGCUCACCUCGAACACUCCGAGCCUUCGGUCAUCAAGGCAGCUCUCCACGAGGCAGUCAUUGGAACCGAGCUCGAGAUCCACUUCCUGUCCUCCGAGGACAAAGUCAUUAACCGUCCCGUCGCCUCCGCCGCCGACAACCGUAUCGCUUGCGACACCACCAACGAGAGCCCCGAAAUCUGGAUCAUGAUUUACACGGCUCUUCUUGCCGGCAAGAAGGGCGGCAUCUGUAAAAUGCAUCCCCUCAACGACUGCAACCUGAUUACCACUUUUAUGGGCGCGAAGAUCGAGUUCUGUGGUAAACCAUAUAAAUUUUCACUCGGAUGUGAACUCAUCACUGGCCUUUCGGUCGCCGCGUCGAACGAGUGCGUGAAGGAUUACGGUAACGGCAAGCACCGCACUUCGGGCCGCAGCGUCUUCGGUGGUGGUCCCGUCGAGAUCCCCGCCCAGGUGAGGAACUCGCGUUACUAG